CACAGACAGAGAGACCAGAGACUGUGGAGACUUUGACUCUUUCUGGGGCAAACUGGGCUGAGGAGGCUGAGGAAGAAAGUCUAGGCGCAGAGAGAAGUCCUUCGCCAUGGCAUCUGUAUCAUUUCGAGAGCCAAUAUCUGCCACAGUAGGAAAACGGAUGAUCGUGACAGGCCCAGAUUAUAUAAAGGAUCAUCUACCUAAAGUUCAUCAGCACACGUCCUAUAUAGGAGAAAAACGCCCAGCAUUGGAAAAGACUGGAGAUCUCAGAUAUUUAUGGAGACCUGCCUCAAAUGGAAACUUACCAGCAAAAUAUAAAUACGAGUAUGUUGGUGAAGUUGGUUGGGGAAUACCAGAGUAUGAUUUUAUCAACCAAACAAGGCUUCGGACUGGCUUUCAGAUCAAGUAUGGAGAACUAAGUCAAGCCUCUAUUGAUAAAAUAAGCCACAGAUACCAAAACCCAUGGCAACCAAAACCUGAGAUUAUGGAUAUGCAAGGAAAAUACAGUCGUGGUUCUAUUGCCUGGCAUAUGGGAGAUUAUGAGAACACCAAUGAGAGAAAUUCAAGAAGAUCUGUCCUUGUCAGGCAGAGCACAACAGCAUUGCCAAGAGCUUCCAGAUCACCUAAGUUGCCCAAGGUGCCAAGAAAGGAGGAGAAAAAGAGAGUUCAGCCUCUACAUCAGCGUGAUGCAGCUUGCUACUAGGAAGAAAAAGUGCCUGCAAAUAUAGAACAAAAGUAAGGUUGUCAUAACCCAUAAGUGCUUCUCACAUUACCCCUUUGGGACAGAGGUCCUUCAAGAAUAUGCUUCAGUCUAAACCCCAAAUAAAUAAAAGAUUUUGGUGAAAA